AUGGGAAUCGAAGCCAGGGAGUCCUCCGGUGUCGGACGUCCCGAGACGAGCAGUGGUAAAGAAGAUGUCGGUCCAGCUACCACCCCAACCAGUACCUCCAACUCCGUAUGUCGGCGUUUCUCACUGGCGGCUCAGCCGGAGAUAAUGAGAUCGGCGCAGAAGGAUGACCCAUACGCUUCUUUCGUCUAUGAGGCCUGUCAUGAUGCCUUUCACCAUUUAUUCAGUUGCUAUCUUAUCUCAAAAUUUUGGGCUUUCCCUCUAAAUAUGUGUGCGUUUAGACUUUAG